AUGAAAGCUAUUUAUUUGUUGGCAUUAAUUUGUUUGUGCCUUUGUGACGAUGUCACAUUGUAUUCAGUCGAUCAGAGAGUUGGAAAAUACACAAUAAGCGAGGGUAAGUCUCCUGUAGCUUUGGCAUGGGGUUACUAUAAACAUGAGGUGAUGUAAGAUGGAUGGGGCAAAUUGUACAUCUGGACAAGUGACACUUUCAAAUCUCAUGAGUAUAGUUUAAAGACAUCUUAUGCUGCCGGUAUAUAUAUAUAUUCAUAUCAUAUAGGAUAUUUGGAAGGAUCAUUGACUUAUGAACACAUCUACAAUCACUUCUGGUCUUGGUAUGAUUUCACUUUUGGAAAGGAACAACUAACCAAUGAAUUGUCUUAAUAUUUAGUGGAAUAAUAUGAAUAUGCAAGACAAUUGAUCAAAGACAACAAAGGAGAUGAAUAUUAUGAAGCCUUAGCCAGAAUCUUAGCAUAGAAUGAUGGAUUAUAUUAAGCAAUCUAAGAUAAAGCUCCAGUCAAUAAGAGACUCAGCUGGGUGCAAUUACUAUUGUUGUAAGCAUGUGGUGACAUCUACGAAUUGAAAGAAGCAAUGAAACCAAAGGCUGAAAGAAUUCAAUGGCAUUUAUUGACCCAAGAAGAAUUUGAAUGGGAAAGAGAAAAGAGAAUUUCUUGUUCCGCCUUAAUUAAGGCCUUAGAUGAUUGGAGUGAUGUUUGGAUGGCUCACACAACAUGGACAAGUUAUUAGAAUAUGCUUAGAAUUUAUAAAUACUAUCAAUUCUCUGGUCCAAAUCCAUAUAGAGUUAGUUUCUCAUCAAAGCCAGGACUUUUGUAUUCCAAGGACGACUUCUAUGUUCUACCAGAUGCUAACAUGGUCGUCAUAGAAACCACAAAUUCAAUCUUGGAUAACACACUCUAUGAUUUGAUAGUGCCUACUACACUCUUGACCUGGUAAAGAGUCCCAGUUGCUCAUGCAAUUUCAAAGGGGGGAGAGAAAUGGACAAACACAUUUGUAAGACACAAUUCAGGAACAUAUAAUAAUCAAUAUAUUGCUAUUGAUCUUAAAGUCGUCAAGAAAGAGUAAAGUAUUUUUUUAAUUUAGUACACCUCCUACUAAGGACUUCAUUUGGAUUUCUGAAACAGUUCCAGGAUAUGCAAUUGCCAAGGAUGUGACUGCAAAAGUGAUUUCAAAUGGAAAUUAUUGGAAGAGUUAUAACAUUCCUUUUACAACUGAAAUCUAAGACAGGGCUGGUUAUACUGAAGCUCUUAAAAAGGAUCCAGUCAAAUACUCAUAUGAAAAUUGUCCAAGAUCAUAAUUGAUGAAUAGAGAUGCUCCAAAAGUUAAGAGUUUGGAUGACAUGAAGAGAUUCAUCAGAUAUAAUGAUUACAAAAAUGAUGCACUCUCAGGUAAUAAUCCUGGAAAUGCCAUCUCAAGUAGAUUAGAUUUAUUAGAAGUAAUGAAUAUUAUCAUUUUAGACUAAUCCAAGAGCUCAUGGAUCAAUUGAUGGAAAAGUAGCAUCUUUGGCUUCUGUUCCAUAAAACAUUGCCUAUAUUUAAAGUGGACCUACCACCGAUUAAUAGCCAAUAUUCAGUUGGACUCCAGCAUUCACUGGUAUUCAUUGGGGAUAACCAACAACAUUCAAUUUCCCAUGGGUUGAAGUUAAGGAACAAAAAGUCAUAUGAGUAAAAAAUAAUAUUAUCAAUAAUUA